AUGUCUUCAUCACGGGCACCGCGCGACCGCAACGGUACCGAUUCUUCACGACCAUUCUCUAUGUCAAAAUCCAGUUCGGGUCCCUCUAAAAAACCCGCCUUCAACCUCCAAUCCUCAAGUCGCAGUCGUCCCACCAACUCCCCAGCAGGCCCAAACCGCUCUCUUCCGCGGCGGCCCCACCAACUCGGUCAUGGCGAUGACUCCUCUGAUGAAGAAGACCGCGCCCCAGUCUAUGAGGAGAUCUCGGGCUUCGAUACGCAUACCGGUGGCGCCCUGGCCGCCGACGGACAAACUAUCAGUGACGCCAAGCAGCCGCUGGUGAUUCCCGUCUCCAGCAAGAAUAAUUGGCGGGAACGAGCCGGCGUCAAUGUCAAGAAGGGGAAGAAGAACCUGCUGCCUCGCGAGGUGCAGGCUCUCCAGGAAGCACAGAAAAAUGGGCAAGUACCCGGCAGCGAAAGCGCCAUGGAGACGGAAGGGCCCAGCAUGGCAUACGGAUUGAGCUUUGCGCAGAAGUCUGCCGAUGAAACGAAGACAGAUAAUGAUGCAAGGGACAAUGAUCAAGCUAUGGCGGAUGCGAAACCCCUUCUGCCGCCUCCUGUCGAAGAUAACAAGCCUCUCACAGACGACCAGAUUGCUCUGCAGGCUUUGAUUCGGGAGAGUAAAGAUGAUGUGGAGAGACGAUCGGAUCUUGUGAUUAAAUAUGCUCAAGGAAAAGCGCAUGACGAAGAAGAGGAAGGGCCCGCGCGCCCCGACGAGGCGGGCUCUUUCCGUACGGAUGUAGCCUCGCGCCCGGAAUCUGCUACCUUGGAUGCAUACAAUGCCAUUCCAGUGGAGGAAUUUGGAGCCGCGCUACUACGAGGCAUGGGUUGGAAGGAUGGCCAACCCAUCGGACGAGGCCAAUACGGCACCUCUGCCACGGCGGACCGGGAUCAAGCGAACAAACCGCGUGUGCCCGAGCGACGCCCUGGAUUCCUUGGUAUUGGAGCUAAAGACACGUCUGGCGGUAAGGGCGCCGAGGCCGAAUUCGGCGCGUGGGGCAAAUCAGCAAUGCGCAAGGCGUCGAGGAAGCAGGGCGAGGAGAGUGCCAACGGCGUCAAAACAGAAGGCGUCUACAUGCCGGUGAUGAUGCGGAACAAGAAAACGGGCGAGAAUAUCACCGAGGACGAACUUGCGGCCCUUCAGAAAGAGGCCAAGUCCAAGCCCGCCGCCAAGGAGGACGACUGGCGCGAGAGACGGGAUCGCAAUCUGGAGAAAAGCGGCCGUGACAGGUAUCAAGAUAGUGACCAAGACCGACAUCGCGAUAGAGAUCGUGAAUACCGCAGGCGCGACUAUGAUGACGAGGAGGAUCGCUCUCAUAGGCGGAAUGGGUCUUCGCGCCGUGAUCGAAGUCUGUCUAGUGGCCGCCAUUCUUCUCGGCGCUCACGGUAUGAGGAUGAUGAUGACGGCCGCCGAGACGAUCGGUCGCACCGGGAACAUCGGGACCGUGACCGGGAGCGUCGGAGGGAUCGCGAUGGGGAUCGGGACCGCCGCAGAGACAGAGACCGGGACCGGGACCGCAGUCAUCGAUAUGCGGAUGACCGGUAUAGCAGCUCGCGGCACUCGUCUCACUCUUCUCGCCAUGAUCGCGACCGCGAUUCCCACCGCAACCGGCGGAAUGACUAG